AUGGCAAAGUCUAUACUAGUUAUCCAAAUACUAUGCCUGCUUUUAUUUAAUGCGGAUAAAUUUGCUACAGCGGACGCGCACGAAACGACGUCAUUAUUUGUGAAGAGAGACGAAUACAAAAAUGAUCUUACUCGAAUUAUUCGCCGUGUCGAAGAUCUUGAAUCAAGUAAUGACGUCAUCAAAAGUGAAAAUAGAAAACUUCAAGAUGAGGUGACCAGUCUAAAGACAUUUAUUUCAUCCCUUGAUGCAGAGAACAGGAGAACUGUUUCAGAUCUUCAGUCACAAAUUUCCGAUCUACAAGUUGCGAACAAGCAGAAUGAACAGAUUAUUCAGUCGAUAGUUUCAACACUUCAAAGUGACAUAAAGGAAAAUACGUCGAAUUUUCCAUCCCAGACAUAUGCCCUGCAAUCUGAAAACAAAGACACUCUGGUCGACAUUGCGUCCCAGACAAACUGGACGCAAUCAGCUCCGCAGUAUGAACAGUUGCACGAGUCGCAGAGGAAAGGUUAUCCAGUUACAAACAUUUCCGCAUCUGGGUUCAAAACUGGCCAGACACAGAAACGACUGACAGGGCACAAAGGAUAUCGCAUUACAAGGGCUGAAAACGAAGCAAACAUUGCGUUCUACGCUACUGUUGGUAAUCAUCACAUAGAACAUGCAGGAGUAAACCAGAAUAUCAUUUUCGACCAUGUCAUCACUAAUUUGGGCAAUGCUUACAAUAAAUAUGCCGGGGAUUUUAAAGCUCCAGUCUCCGGAACUUACGUGUUUUCAGUAACGCUCAUGGCAUACAACACGCAAAGCACGCACUACCGUAUAGCAAAGAACGGGACAGUUAUGGGCAACCUCUACCUUCACGGUAAAGAUGGUUCGGACGCUACGUCAGCCAUGACCGCAGUUCUUCAGCUUCAGCAAGGAGAUGAUGUGUCUAUACAGAAUCUUGAUGCCGAUAAAAAUUUACACGGCUACGCCUACAGCACGUUUUCAGGGUUUCUUCUGCAGCAAGAUUAUUCUUCCACAGCAAUUGUUGGAAAAUGAUUUUCUUUGAAUGUUAUCGGACGAAAAAUAAAUAUAACUUUGUAACUUUAAAUAUAUUUUACGGAUUUAUUACUGUCUUAGAAAAUGGAAAGUUUUAAGAUAUAUGAUAUUUAAUUCUUUA